UGCCACAUGUUUGUGCAUUGUGUCCGAAGGAGCGAGCAUCGCGUGGGAGUUUAGCUAUGGAGGCGAUUCUAGGGCUAAGAGCUCCGUCUAGGGCAAUCGACGUGAAGACCGGGCUUUCUCCGCGCAGGAUCGGCAAUGCGAGCUCGAGCAGCCUCAAGAUUGGCAAUACGAGGGUGGGAGGCGUCACAGAUCUCCGCGUUGGCAGAAGCAAUGGCAGGAAGAGGAGGAUCGAUGCGCUGCGAUGCAGGGCGGGGCUGGAGGAGAUUGCGCCAGCGACGGCGGCGGCGUAUGGAUUGACGCUUCUCAGUGGCGGAUUCUUUGCCUACUCGAGAACUGGCAGCAAGGGAUCUCUUGUGGGUGGCCUCACUGGCGGCAUCGCAUUCGCGGUGGCGUAUCUUUUGAUGCUCAACCCCGACACGAAAGACCUCGCCAAUGCCAUAGGAUUCGGCGUGGCAUUUCUUUUCAUCGCAGUUUUUGGCAUUCGUCUGGCAGCAACUCGACAGCCCAUCCCGUCUGGAUUGCUACUAGCAAUCAGCAUCGCAGCCUCGGUAGUGUUCGUCAAUGCCUACUUCAGUGCCCGGCUGCUUUAGGAGUGCUCCAAGUGUAAUAAAAAUCUAGCCAGCUCGAGAAACAGAGAAGAGAAGCUCUUGGUGGCCAUCUCCAGGUAAUGAAAGUGAGCUCUCUCUCUCUCUCUCCCCCUCAGGCAAGACUAUUAUUCUUUCCUUUUCUUUUCUUUCUAGCCAAAGCUAGCUAGCUUAGCGUU